CCCAAAUGAAACUUAAGAAACCGGUUCUUGUUAUAGAUUUAAUUGCGUUUUAAAGUUCCAUCAUGAAAGCUAUUUUACUAAAGCGUGGUAAUAUAAAACUAUCCCUCGAGGAGUGCGAUUUGGAACGAACUCUGCUGGGAGGUCAAAGUUUUCGCUGGCGUUCAAUUUGUGAUGGCAGUAGAACGAAAUAUUCCGGAGUUGUUUUCAACAUUUACUGGGUUCUCGAGCCAGAAGAGUCCUUUAUAAGUUUUGAGGCCUACGGAGCAACUCCUUUGAUCCCAGUGGACUACACAUCUUUAAUAUCCGAUUAUCUGCGGGCUGAUUUCGAUUUGAAAGUCAACCAAAAAGAUUGGUUAAACAGGGAUGAGAACUUUGUAAAGUUCCUAAGUAAACCCGUACGCGUUCUUUCCCAGGAGCCAUUCGAGAACAUUUUCAGCUUCCUUUGCAGCCAAAAUAAUAAUAUCAAGAGGAUAUCAUCUAUGAUCCAAUGGUUCUGUGCUACUUUUGGCGCCAAAAUUGGCCAUUUCAACGACUGCGAUGAGUUCGCCUUUCCCACACUCAACAGAUUCCAGGACAUCUCGUGCGACGAUCUAAAUGCCCAGUUGAGGGCCGCCAAAUUCGGCUAUCGGGCCAAGUUCAUAGCCCAGACUCUGCAGGAGAUCCAGAAGAAGGGGGGACAGAACUGGUUUAUAAGACUGAGGGGUUUGCCGUUUGAAAAAGCGCGCGAAGAAUUGACCCAACUACCCGGAAUCGGCUACAAAGUGGCCGAUUGCAUCUGCCUCAUGUCAAUGGGCCAUUUGGAGUCCGUGCCCGUGGACAUACACAUCUACAGGAUUGCCCAGAAAUACUACCUGCCACAUCUCACGGGUCAGAAGAACGUAUCGAAAAAGAUCUAUGACGAAGUUUCCAAUCACUUUCAAGAGAUACACGGAAAAUACGCUGGUUGGGCUCAAGCAAUUCUUUUCUCUGCGGAUUUAGGACAAUUUCAAAACACAUCCACUGUUGAUUGUACAACAAAAUCAAGUAAAAAGCUUAAAAAAUAA